UUGGGAUCACAUAAGCAGGGUGACAUUUAUUGCUUUCCUAGUUGUUUCUUUGCACUGAGGCCUGAGAUUCCCAAGGAGCAACUGUAAAAGAUUUCUUCCCUUUUGCCCCUGAUCUCCGAGAGGGGCUUAUUCUAAGAAGAGCAGGCAUGAGUCUCAGUGCGAGAAGAGUCACUCUGCCUGCAAUAACGCCAAUAGUUCUACAGAAAAGGGUAAUUAAAGUAUACAGUGAAGAUGAAACCAGCAGGGCCUUAGAGGUACCCAGUGACAUCACUGCUCGAGAUGUUUGCCAGCUCUUGAUCCUGAAGAACCAUUACGUUGACGACCACAGCUGGACCCUUUUUGAGCAUCUGCCUCACAUCGGUCUGGGUAAGGACACAGAGUCGCAGCCACAUCCUCGCUUUUCUGGCCCUUACAGUUUUGAUCAUAUGGCAGAAAUUUAUUUUUUUCCAGAGCAUAUGGUGUCUUUUGCAACUGAAACCAAUGGUGAAAUAUCCCCCACACAGAUUUUGCAGAUGUUUCUGAGUUCAAGCACAUAUCCUGAAAUCCAUGGCUUCUUACAUGCAAAAGAACAGGGAAAGAAGUCCUGGAAAAAGAUUUACUUCCUUCUUAGAAGAUCUGGUUUAUAUUUUUCUACUAAAGGGACAUCAAAGGAACCACGGCACUUGCAGUUUUUCAGCGAAUUUGGCAAUAGUGAUAUUUAUGUGUCACUGGCAGGCAAAAAAAAACAUGGAGCACCAACUAACUGUGGAUUCUGCUUUAAGCCUAACAAAGCGCGAGGGCCCCGAGACCUGAAAAUGCUCUGUGCAGAAGAAGAGCACAGUAGGACGUGCUGGGUGACCGCCAUUAGAUUGCUUAAGUAUGGCAUGCAGCUGUACCAGAAUUACAUGCAUCCAUAUCAAGGUAGAAGUGGCUGCAGUUCUCAGAGUAUAUCACCCAUGAGAAGUAUAUCAGAGAAUUCCCUGGUAGCAAUGGACUUCUCAGGCCAGAAAAGUAGAGUUAUUGAAAACCCCACAGAAGCUCUUUCAGUUGCAGUUGAAGAAGGACUCGCUUGGAGGAAAAAAGGAUGCCUUCGCCUGGGAAAUCAUGGUAGCCCUACUGCAUCGUCACAGAGCUCCGCCACCAACAUGGCUAUCCACCGGUCUCAGCCAUGGUUUCACCACAAAAUUUCUAGAGAUGAAGCUCAGAGAUUGAUUAUUCAGCAAGGACUUGUAGAUGGAGUUUUCUUGGUACGGGAUAGUCAGAGUAACCCCAAAACUUUCGUACUGUCAAUGAGUCAUGCACAAAAAAUAAAGCACUUUCAAAUUAUACCAGUGGAAGAUGAUGGUGAAAUGUUCCACACCCUGGAUGAUGGCCACACGAGAUUUACAGAUCUGAUCCAGCUGGUGGAGUUUUAUCAACUCAAUAAGGGCGUUCUUCCUUGCAAGUUGAAACAUUAUUGUGCUAGAAUUGCACUUUAGCCAAACCAGAAGUGACUUGUUAAACUGUUGAAGAAAAAGGCCUCAAGAAAAAAAAAACACAAUACAAAAAAACCAGAAAAAGACCAUAAAUAAGAGUGAAAGCAUUGCCCUGGUGAAAAGAAUCUAUUUCACCUCCAAGUUACAAAAAAUAGUUUGUGCAUUGCAAAUAAGCAAAGAAUUGGAUUGACAUUAUAUUCAUCAUUUAAAAUUCAUUAGUUAAAAUUAAAUCUCAGAAAAAAAAAU